GACUCCGUGCAUUCAACGGAGAACGGAGAACCGCGCCGCGCGCUUUUUCUGCGAUCCACCCGGCGGAUCGCGGGGCUUUAGCUCGCGCCCAUGGCGAGUUUUCAGGAGCUGAUGCUGACGCUCCAGGAGCAGAAGGGGAAGCUUUUGCUGCAGGCGGCGCAGCAGCAGAGCGAUUGGGAGCAGAUCCUGCAGCAGACGUUUCUUCAGCUGGAGAAUGCCACAAAUUGCCAGGGCUUUGCCCCCACGAUGUGCGAGGGCCUGCGCCCCUCUCUUCAGCCCGCGGCGCGCGAAGAGGAUCCCUCAGAGCCGGAGGUCUUUUCGCGGCAAGUCAGCCCUCAAACUGCCAGCUCCGGCAUCGGCUCCAACGAAGUGACCGGGGAGAGCCCGGACCAGCCCGAAGCCGAAACCGAAGCCGUCUCGCCCAACUCUGACUCCCGCAUGAACACGAAGCGCUCCUAUUCCUCGAAGCGGAUGGCCACCAUGGGCAUCCUGCUGGCCGCGAACAACCCCAACCGCACCAAGCAGCGCCUGGCGCAGCUGAUUCGGGCGUACAUCGACUACGUGGCGGGGGCUCUGGUCUUGGUGAACUCCUUCGUGCUGAUGCUGCAACUGGAGCUCGAAGGCCGCAACGUGGCGUAUGAGCUCGGCAUCGCAGAGGGCGCCAACUUCAGCGGGGUCUUGCCCACCUUCCGCGUGGUGGACACGGUCUUCGUCUUCGUCUUCCUUGGGGAGUUUUUGUUGCGCCUAGCGGUGGAGGGCACGGCCUUCUUCAAGGACCUGGCCAACUACCUGGAUGCGGUACUGGUUGCUGGGGGGCUCUUUGACAUCAUUCUCAGCGUGAAUGCUGGGGAGGAUGGCGCUACCCUACGAUUCGUGACGGCAUUGAAGGCCUUCCGCGCCAUUCGCAUGGUCCGAAGCUUUCGCUUCUUCAAGGGCUUGCGGGGCUUGGUGAAAGCCUGCCAGUGCUGCUUGCCGUCCUUGUGCUGGUCCAUGGUGCUCUUGGCGGUCUUCAUGUGCAUGGGCGGCCUCAUUAUGGGGAACUUGCUGCAGGACUUCAUCAAAGAUGAGACGCAGAGCCUGGAGGAUCGCCAGUGGGUCUGGCAGCGCUACGGGACCUCCUACCGCGCCACCUAUACGUUGUAUGAAAUCACCUUCGCAGGCAACUGGCCCACCAACGCUCGGCCCGUGCUUGAAAAGGUGAACCAAGGCUUCGUGGUGUUCUUCUUGCUGUAUGUCACCAUCAUCGUUUUCGCGGUGAUUCGCGUGAUUUCGGCGAUUUUUCUCAAGGAUACGUUGGAUGAGGCCCACAACGACGCUCAGCAACUGGUGAUGGACCGCCUGAAGAAGAAGGCGGACUACAUCCAGCGCCUGGAGGGUCUCUUCCGCACCAUCGACGACUCGGGGGCCGGGAUGAUCACGGAGGAUCGUCUCACCGAGAUUUUGAGCAACCCCAAAGUCAAGGCAUACUUCCAGACCUUGGAGAUCGAUGUGCAGGAGGCAUCCACGCUCUUCCACUUGCUCGACAAUGGGGACGGAGAAGUGACGUUGGAGGAGUUCAUCGACGGCAUCAUGCGGUGCAAGGGCCCAGCCCGCGCCAUCGAUACCGUGGCGCUCCAUGCUGACCUGCGCCAGGUGGAUGCUAAGCUGGCCAAGCUGACCAAGCAACUGAAGGAGACCAACCUCGUCCAAAGCAGGGCAUCAAAAGCCAAGACAGAUUCCAAGGACGCCAAGCGAAAGCACGUGGACCUCAAGAUUUUCAAUCGUGUGGACCCAGAGAGAUCCAUCAGCCUGACGUCUUUCGAAAUGCCAAAGCCGUAAAGGUCAGAUAGUCAUGCCGGGUGCAGCCACUGAGCUUGCGGCUUUACACCUCAGCUCUUCAGGCGAAGAAUUCGGGUUUCGCCACUUGUGGCCGAAGGGGUUUUCCAGGC